AUGACAUGGAUCUCGAAAUGCCUUCUCCUUCUCCCUCUCGAAACGCCGCCGGUCUUUCUCCCUCUCGCAAUCGCUUGUCUGACGAAGCUAGACUUGAUCUCCUGUUCCCUCGAGCCAGCUCACCCAAACCCUAACUCACAUCCCGAUAUCCACGAAGCCGCCAUACUAUUCCAUCUUCGCCGGCAUUCCUCGUCUCCAUCAUCCAAUUCGAGCCGAAUUCCGGUUUAUCUAACUCCGGAUUCAUGUAGUCUCAGCCUUCUACGGUUAUGGAUGAGGAAGACUAUAACGAGUCUUUGA